AGCUGUUCAGUUGUGCUCCGCUGCUCACAGCUUAAACUCGUCGUCUUUACUGCCCUCUGUUUGAGUGUGGUGUCCUUCUAGAUCUUUGCUCACUCAUCAAGGGAUUUUGCGUUUCAGCCAAACGUUUUUUAUUCACAUCGGUACGCGAGAGAUUUCAAUCAUGACGUUGACCGGUAUCAACACUAUGGCUCGACCUUGUUACACCACUGGCUAUCCCUUUCAAGGUCAGGGACGUGUUAAUCAGUUGGGUGGUGUCUUCAUCAACGGACGGCCUUUGCCUAACCACAUCCGUUUGAAAAUUGUUGAAUUGGCGGCUGCUGGUGUCCGACCGUGUGUCAUCUCGCGGCAGUUGCGCGUUUCGCACGGAUGCGUUUCAAAGAUCCUCAAUCGCUACCAAGAGACGGGCAGCAUCCGCGCCGGAGUAGUCGGAGGAGCCCGUCCUAAGCACAGCCUCCAGCCGGACAUCCAGCGUCGGAUUCAGGCCUACCGUGCAGAGAAUCACGGCAUCUUUUCAUGGGAAAUCAGAGACAGAUUGAUCAAGGAGGGACUUUGCGAGCGUUCUACGGCCCCUUCAGUUAGUGCCAUAUCUCGUUACCUGCGCGACACUUCCGAGGAUAGCCACACCAAUCACAAAUCAGAAGGCACAGGUGUUUCGAAUCUUGGUUAUGGAAUGAUGAGCCAUCAAGGAGAUGGAUCUUCUUCUUCGUCUCAUUCCGGCGAUGGAAUGGAAGAGGAUUCGGGUUCCGAUUGCGAUUCCGAGCCGGGCAUUCCGUUGAAACGCAAACAGCGCCGUCACAGGACCACGUUCACUGCCCAGCAAAUGGACGAGCUGGAAAAGGCUUUCGAUCGGACUCAAUAUCCGGAUGUUUACACACGCGAAGAAUUGGCUCAACGCACUAAACUGACCGAAGCUAGAAUUCAAGUUUGGUUCAGCAACCGUCGCGCCCGCUUGCGUAAACAAAUGUCUACUUCUUCGGCCUCUUCCGGCAAUGGAUCUUCAUCGCCUCCUUAUGGCACCACAUCAUCUGCGCCUACCAACGGACCGAUGCAUGUCAACGUUCCAGAAAACGGAACGACUAUGUCCAUGACUGCGAACGUUAAUGCAACCACGAUGGGUUUAUUGCCUACCGCUGCUUCAUCUCCUUAUCAUCAUCCGCACGAUACUCUCCAUCAUCAUCACUCGAUGCCCAGCAACACAAUCGAAAUGCCGUCCGCCGUCCAGCACCAACAGCAACUCUAUUCGGUUCCGCCCGCCUUCGCUGCUCCAGCUCCCGCUUCUUCACCUUCGUUGCCGUCCGUUUCCAGCAACCCUUACUCUACUCCCCUAAGCUCCCAUCAUCAGAUGGCCAAUACGAUGAUGAACUAUCCGUACACUCCGCAAGAGAGUAGCACUUGGUUUCAGCAACAACAUCAGCAUCAAACAGCAGUUGCCCAGCAACAGGUGCAGCAACAAGCAUCGAUGAUGAUGCCAUCCGUUACAGCACCGGCUGUUCCAGCUUUCAGCAGCAACAAUCGAAAUUCAAUGGCUCAUCCGCACGCAACCGCCAUGUCUCAUCACCAUCUGAACCAUUCAGCCUUUACCUCCAUGUACGGAUGGUAUUGAUCAUCGUUAAAAACCGAAAAAGAUCCAUCACCAAAUGUUUGGAAUCGGGAGCAUUCGUUUGUCAAUUGUUUUGUUUCUACGUAGCCCAAUCACAGUUUUGGAUAAAGCCUUGAUUCGAGCACGAGAAAGACACGGUCUUUGGCAGUCGCUGUCGGCUGAUCGUGAACAAAACGGCGCUACAGAAAACCUUUUUAUUUGCAUUUGAUUUUGAAUGACGGUUGGAGACAGGGGUCUUGUUAGAUGGCGUCACGUUCGAUUGUUUUCUUUCAAACUCGUUCAGGUGAAACGUUUUGCGUUCGUGGGACGGUAAAGUUCGUAGAUAAUCAAUGAAAGGAAGAUAAAAAAAUUGCGCGAAAGUUCAUAACAAAAACGACAUUUUUCUCGACCCUUCCCGUUUUUCGGGCACGCCCACCUGAUUUUUUUGUUUUUCGUUUUUCCACAGUCCUAUGACAACCCUAACUUUGUUUCUUUGUUGCAUUCAAGUUACCACCACUGGCAGUAUUUCAAAGUGUCUUAUUUAAUCUACUUUUAAAACGUUCGUGAUAAACCUCUCGUUUUUCUUUUCUACUUCUCGGUGUGUCCUGAAAUUUGGGUAAUGACCAUUUUUUGAUAUUCUAUUAAAGGCCUUAUAUCUGAUCGAAUACUCUGAAUUGUUUACAUUUUGUUUUUUAAAGCUUUCUGUAUUGAUGCCUUAAAUACUUCAGCAUUUGGUUCUGGAUUGAUUCACGAAUACAGACAUCUUGAAGUUGCA